GGAGGAUGAAAAGAGUCUCCUCUAUGUGGGGUUUGGAGCUGUGCUUUUCUCAUGGAUUCCUCUCAGAGCAGAAACAAUGAGCAAUUCUGCAAAUGCAUCAACAUAUGUCUGCAGAACAGAUUUGUUAAAAGUUGUGAUUUUUUUUUUAAAUCAAUUUGUUACAGCGCAGCAGCACAUAACAUACUGUUCUAUGUACACUAUGGAUGGGUUCUGAGAAUCCGUAUUUGAACUUUACGCUGUUUAUGCGACAAAGCGGAUCCAUCUGAAAUUGUCUUAAAACAAAGCAUGCGUGAAUCCAAACAGCUGCAGUGUUUAAUCCGCUGCGGCAGUGGCACUGUAGGCCAUCCGCUGUGUUUUCUGAGGCGGUCUGAGGAGUCUGGAGUCAAAUUCCUGAACACGUAGGAGCUCCUCACGUUGCUCCAACACGACGCGUGACGCAGGAGCGCAGCGAAUAACGGAUUACUGAUCAGUGAUCGAUGCGCCCAGAAACAGACUUGACUUGGCUUUCACUUCUACCAUACCACUCAACAGAAGGAUUUUUCAGAUUUUUUAUUAACUAAUUUUUUUUUUUUUGUCUUGAAGAUCAUGACACGAAGACCACAUUUUCUUUCUCCAGAUCGUCGGUUUAAGAGCAACUGAACUCAACUUGUUUGCCGCAGUGGAAAAAUAUGUUUGCCGGACUGAUGGGACUGGAGUGUCGCACUAACUCACUGCUUCACUGCGAAGUCAAUGAAGGUGGCAGAGCAUCAGGGACAGCUGGCAGCUUCGGCCGUAAGAGGCUCCACCGAAGACCAGGGUACAUGAGAGGAGAGCAGUCCAGACUACAGUGCACUGCUCAUAGUCGGGAGGAGGAAGAGGACAGCAGCACUUGCGUUAGGAACGGAAAAUCUGGACGUCACACUGACAUCACUACGGCAACCAGUGUCCAAAGACUCAGUCCAACUCCUCCUCUCAAAGUGUCCUUAAUGAGUCAGCAAAAUUACGAUAAACCGACAUGUACCUCUUUGAAGAAUCAGAACUUUCUCCGGUCUGUCACUCAUCCUUUGUCUGUGGACUGCAGUCCUGUUCAGAGUCCGUCCAACCAUAUAGCUCAAUCCCCACAGCCACAGAAUGAACUCAGGUUAAACUCAAGCCUGGCCCUCCAGUCUUCAGGGGGUGACUCCUUUAACUCCAGUUUCAGUUUCAUCCAACAGUCACUCAGCUCCAGUCAGAGGACAAGCACAACCACUACAUCAGCACAGGAACCAGAACCACUACAUCAAUCAUCAAAAGCACCAAAUGUGCCAGAGACAAAACUAGACACUUUCUCCACUGAGCACAGCUUUUCUAAGCAGCCACAUCCUGUCCAGCCACUGCCUUCCUCUGCUCCGGGCGGCCGAGUGCAGAAAGAGGAGCUUUUAUUAAGCGGGAGGUUUUGGCGGGAAUGUCUCUGGAGUAGCAAGGAGGAAACAUCCCACCUGGACUGUGAGUCCAGAUCCCUUGACAUAGAGAUUACCUCCUCUCUGUCGGUGGACUCGGACACAGCUUCCGCCUCCUCUGUCACCUCCGGCUACGACAGUGCCACACCUGCCUCAGAGCAAGUCUGGGACAACCUGGUGAAGAAGUACGAGGGCAUGCUGCAAGACUGCCUCCAAAACAACCGCACUCACACCAAGAUUGAAUCCAUGAUGUUGAAGCUGCAGAGACUCCAGCAGAAAGCCAUUCUGGAUGACGACUACGACGCAGCUGAACGUUUUGGGAAAAAGCUGGAGGAGCUGUGCAGGGAGCGUGGAGCUCUGAAGCUGGGUUUACCCUCCAGACAGCCGAGUGUGGCUUUGUUCCUGGAGAGGCUCAGACAGGUGGUGCACAGCGCCCUCCAGAGGACAGACUGCAGUCAGCACAGGGAGGGUGCAGAGCCUGACGCAGAUGAGCGAUCUGACUCACCGCAGGGUCCACUGCAACGAAGAGAUCGUCUGAUUCAAGAGAAACGUCAGGUUGAGGGGGAAAUCACAGAGCUGGAGCUGAGGCUGGCGGAGCUGAAGGACCGCAGUCGAUGCCUGGAGCAACAGAUCCAUCAGGAGGAGCAGCAGGUGGAGGCUGAGGAGCUGGAGGGCUCCAUGUUGAGGAGCUGCACUGUGGCCCAGCUACGAGACAUGAGCCGAACCUUGCAAGACCUCACUACAUCUGAAAACCGCACACAGAUCUCGGUCUCCCCGCCACCUUCUAUGCUCAGACUACAGGAGCAGGAACAGGCACUGAAUCUGUCCAUCAAGGAAGCUACAGCUAAAGUGGUCAUGAGUCAGAGGCUGGGCAGCAGCUUGAGGAGGAAAGUCAGCGAGACUGAAGCACAGCUUUUGGCCCUGCAUGAAGCCAAACUGGCGGCCAUCUCUGGUAAUGACUUCAGCAGCGCCAAGGAGCUGAAAUCUGAGAUGAAGGUGGUGUACCUGGAGCGGGACCGGCUGGAGGCGUUGGCCAAGAGGCUGCACAGCCUCAGCUCGGGGAGCAGUCAGGAGCUGGCCAGGAUGAAGGAGCAGCGGCAGCACCUCAGGCAGGAGCUGGAGCAGCGGGAGGCCCAGCAUGAAAGCCGAUUGAAGGAGAACACAACGAAGUACAUGGAGCUGUUGGAGGAUAGAUUGCACAGUUGUAGCUGUCCAGGCUUGGAGCGAAUCUGGGAAGCCGACCUGGAAGCCUGUCACCUGUUCUUGCGAGGUCUCCAGUUGCGGACUCCCAGUUGUAGUGGAGCAGACAUGGAAGACUUCCCCACUGCGACAGUUUAUCCCACAAACCAGCUGUGCACCAAAGAAGAAGAAGACUGCGCCAUGCUGACUGCUUUAGGAGGGCGUUGGUGUCCAGAGGCCAACUUACAGAACUCAGAGUUCACAAAGAAGCUGGAGGAGUUUUUGUUCUGCAUGGAGGAAAAUCACCCAGAGGAUGUUUGCAGUGAGGCUGAUACCACGGACCUGACAGAACGCUGUGAACUGAUCAGUGACAGACUAAUGGCCUUAGAAGAUGAAUUGCAGACUGCUAUUCUGAACCGGGACCAAGCCCUCACCCAGUCUUUAGAAAAAGAAGUUCAGGAGGUAAAAUCGACCUUACAAACCAUGCUUGCACAGCUGAAGUUGGAAGAAGAGCAAGAAGAGGAAGAAGAGGAAGAAGAGUUGAAUGACUUGAUGAAAAAUGGAACAGAGGAGGAAGAAGAAGAGGAAGAAGAGGACCAGUAUUUUAGUGACAGCUGGGACAUUUGAAAUGGAUGUCUGUGGUGUUUUGGGAGCAGUCUUACAUGUUGCUUUCUGUGAGCCUGACCUGCAGUGAAAGUGACCUCAUAUCCAUUUACUGUAUAAGCGCUUCACUACCAGCUUCUGUGGUGUUAUACCCUGAAAGUCAGCACUACAAAGCUUUUGAAACAGUUUGUGAAAUUUUACUAAUCUAUAAUGAAAACAAAACAACAAAAAAAAAAAAAAAAAAAAAAAAAACACGGAAGCUUUUGACAUAAAUGCAAUAUGAGACACUUUCUCAUUUUUAGAAGGUCCUUAAAUCUUAUCAGCUGGUAAUGAGUGCUUUUGGUCACCGAGCCAAUGGCUUAGAAUUUUUUUAGAUGCAGGACUAAAUGUCAAGUCUUGCUGAGCAAUUAGGUGACAUUUAUUUUUCCAGUAUUUUACUGUAUAAGAAUUUUGUUGCCCUUUGCAAACCAGGUGAGUCACAGAAGUUAGAAACAGUGACUGGUAGCUCAAGAAUUUUAACCAGACAGCAAGUGGACAAUCCAAAAUGAUUAUUUCUGUUUUAUUAUAAUGGUUUUGCACAAAAACCUAAAAUGUAUGCUUAGUUUUUAAGUCAGCUAUCCAAUUUUAUGAGUUUUCUGCAUGUGUGUUUUUUGGACUUAAUUCACUUUAACAUUACUUUAUGGUGCUACAAAAUGUUUGCUAACUUAAAAUUUAUUUUAUUGGUAUGGAAGAAAUAUUUAGAUAUAGUCUUCUUUUUUGUCUUUUCAAGCAGUCUGCACUUAGAAACAUGCUUUGAAUUCCUAAAAUUCACCUGUCACAAAAUUCAAAAGUGUUGGAAAUGCUAAAGGAUUAAAUAUCAGUGGGCACAUAGAGUAUUUUUAGCUGUUGUUUAUUUUUAAUUGUUACGUCUGCCACUGAUUAAAUGUUUUAUUUUAUUUCAGGUUAUGCUUUCACUGGGUCUUAUUUUAUAUUUUCACAGAGACAUGUUUGUAUAUUUACCCUUUUUUAUGUGCAAUGCAGCUUUUGCUAUACCAUCUUUCAUAAUUAUUCCUCGCAGCAUCUCUCUAAUUACAGCAUGUAAUGUUUGGUCUAAUGUUGUUUCGUGCUGUUUUCUUCUUGUAUUGAGUUACAGCCCCUCUGGUGAUUUUCCCCACAGAAAAUUUGCAGGCAUGCUGCCAGGCAAGUGAGGGCAGUGGUGACAUGCAGGAGAUAUCAAUACGCUAAUAAAGGUUCUCCAGUGGG